UCCGGUAUUUCACUUCCUGUUUAGGUCUCCCUCGUGUCAUACAUAACUUGUGACUGUCUGGUUCAGUAUUCUAGCAGUCAUAAUGGCAAAAACAAAUGCGAAGAAACCGAGAAUCAGAGAUCAUGUUAAUAAGUCGAAGCAUAGCAUGAAUCCAGAUAGAAAAAAGGGUGAAGGAGGAGCAAAUAUGCGUGAUCGAUCUACCAUUAAGCGACUUCAGAUGUAUAAAAAUUUUAAACCAAAAAGGGACAAGACAGGGAAGAUCACUAAACCGGCCCCUUUCCAGUCUCGUCUGCCUUCUGGAAGUGUAGCUAGAGUCGAGCCAAACAGGAAGUGGUUUGGUAACACAAGAGUAAUAACACAAAACGCUCUACAAACCUUCCAGGAGGAAAUGACCAAGGUUAAGAACGACCCCUACAAAGUGGUCAUGCGACAGACCAAACUCCCAAUCACCCUUCUUAAUGAAACGGCAAAACAUGCAAGAGUACAUCUCUUAGAUACAGAAAGUUUUGAAUCUACUUUUGGAAAAAAGUCACAAAGGAAACGCCCCAACCUAAAGUUUGAAGACAUGGAGGCUUUGGUGGAGCAGGCUUCAUCUUCAGUAGAAAAGUAUGACUCGGAGAAGGACCGUGAUCUGGUUACAGAGGAGCCAGAAUUUAGAGAGGAAAUGCCAGAGGUCAUUUUCAAGGCUGGACAGUCAAAACGAGUCUGGGGAGAGCUUUACAAGGUGAUCGACUCGUCUGAUGUAGUGGUACAGGUGUUGGAUGCCCGAGACCCACUAGGCACCAGGUGUUACCAGAUAGAACGCUACAUGAAAAAGGAGAAACCACACAAACACCUUAUCUUCGUUCUCAACAAAGUUGACUUGAUUCCGGUCUGGGUAACUCAAAAAUGGGUGGCUAUUCUGUCUUCCGAGUAUCCUACAAUGGCGUUCCAUGCCAGCAUCACCAACCCAUUCGGAAAAGGCUCCCUCAUCAAUCUCCUAAGGCAGUUUGCCAAGCUGCACAUGGACAAGAAGCAGAUUAGUGUUGGCUUUAUAGGCUACCCCAAUGUCGGCAAGAGCUCCAUCAUCAACACACUCCGUGCAAAGAAAGUCUGUAACGUCGCACCUAUAGCAGGUGAAACUAAGGUGUGGCAAUAUGUGACACUGAUGAGGCGGAUCUACCUGGUCGACUGUCCAGGUGUGGUGUAUCCUUCUGCAGAUUCUAAAGCUGAGUUUGUCCUCAAGGGAAUCGUACGGGUAGAAAUGGUGAAGACCCCAGAGGACUAUAUCUCAGAGCUGUUAAAACGUGUGAAGAAAGAUUACAUCAAGCAGACCUACAAGAUUGAGGAAUGGACUAGUGCUGAGGACUUUCUCGAGCAACUAGCCAAAAAAUGUGGAAAACUGCUCAAGGGAGGAGAGCCAGACUUCAGCACAAUGGCUAAAAUGGUCCUGAAUGACUGGCAAAGAGGGAAAAUUCCCUACUUUGUACGACCUCCAGGCAGUGAAGAAGAUGAGAGUAGCACACGUAACAUUGAAGAUCCGACAGGAAACACUGUUAAACAAGGACAGGCUGUGGAGAAUACUGCAGAGGUACAGGAAAAACAAGGGGAGACAACUCCAUUAGAGGACGAAGAAGCAACAGAGACCACUGUUAAUGCGAAUGUGAAAAAAGGAGUUAUACCAAAGGUACGACAAGACCUGAGUAAAAUCAAUGUAGCCCCUGCCUUCAUACCUGAGGACAUAAAAAAACUGGAACUGGACAUGUUGGAAGGGGAUGAUUCUGAAGUUUCUGAGGAGGAAGAAGAGGAAGAGGAGGAGGAAGAAAAGGAGGAGGAAGAUGCAGAGAGCAAUGAGGAAGUUGUGAAGAAUGAGGAAACCAAAACUGAGACAACUGUAGACACUAAAGAGAAGUGUAGAAAAAACAAUAUGAAAGUCAGUAGAAAAACAGCCAAGAAAUGUGAGGAGGAUUCUGUGAAUGAUGACGAGUGUGAGGUACAGGAUAUAGAUAAUGACACUUGUGAUAAGGUCAAGGACACUGGGGACAGCAAAUUAACAGGGAAAAGAAGCUCAAAGAAAGUCCAGUUUGAGGCUACAGCUUGUGACACCAAGUCCCCAACACAGGGACGCAAGAGAAAGCCAGAGAUAAAACAGAGCAGAAGUGGCAAGUUCCUUGUUACAGAGGUGGACGAGGAAGAAAACGUGACGAAGAAACAAAAAUUAACCAGCAAACAGAGACGACGCUUAGAUAGAGACUCCAAAACCAAGAAGAUAGGCUCUCAGUUUUACACACAAACAAAUGUGAAAAAUAAAAGCCGACGAAAAUAAUACGGAAAACCUGGGUAUGUUGUUGGGAUAUUAAAGUGUUUCAGGACAAGA